AGGCUCCUUGUGGCAGGAAGCAGCUUUCUGCUCCACAUAGCAGUCAGCACCCUGCGUUGCUCUGAGAAGUCUGAGCCUUUUCACUCUCAGCUUUGCUAUGCCUCUUUGAGCUGUCCAGCCAGAUUCCGCUCCCGUGUGUAGCAGUAACAGCUGCAGUGCACAUCUUGGGGCCACUGGUAGCUCAGUGUGACGUAGAGCAGCCCCAACACAGCUCUACAUUGUACCGAGGACCGAGCUGAUAUCCAGAAUAAUGAAUCCCUGUGUUGAGCACAACGCACCUCUAGCGGAGGAUCACAGCUAGCAUGAGAUAAAUUUUACUCUGCUAUCAAAAGCCUCAUGUCUACAGUGUCUCAGAGUCUUGCGGAAGCCCAGGUGGAUAGAGAUACUAUUAGAAGAGAUGUCAAGAGAAAUCUGUCACAUCAUCAGGACUAUCUAGAAUUGAAGAUGUCCAAAGAAUUCAAUGUGUUUAACAGUCAACCUCUUAAUGUGUCCAAGGAGGUUGCUGGGGUUAGGCUGGGGAUUGAGAAAGACCGAUCACAUCUCCAGGAAGCCACAGAGUUAAGGAACCUAACACACAGCAUGUCGAAGGAGCUGGCUGAGGUGAGAAGGGACCAUGACAGGCUCCAGGAGGUCUUGAGCAGGGUGCAGGACGAGUUACGAAACCUCAAAGAAUUCACCUCCAUAAAAUAUCCACCUGACUGGCAGAGUUUUGAGAAAAGUUGCUACUUCUUUUCAGCAUCAACUAAAUCGUGGCCGGACACUAAGCAGUUCUGUACUGAUCAAAGGUCUGGCUUGGUUAUCGUUAACACUGAAGAGGGACAGAUGUUUUUGUCAAAGCACAUCACUAAGCCCCAAAUGUACUUGCUAGGCCUUAGCGACUCAGCGAAGGAAGGGAAGUGGCGCUGGCUGGACAGCAGCCUCCUGUCUGUCAGAUUCUGGGGGCCCAGGGAACCCAACAAUGCUGGGGCACACGGGGAGGACUGUGGCAGCCUGCACUUUAACGGGAAGUGGAACGAUGCCAUCUGCUCCUUGACUGAGCACUGGAUCUGCGAACAGAAUUGCUAG